AUGCUCAAAAGAAAGCGAGAGGACAGCGCUGGAUCGCUCAAUAGCGAGGACGACAAUGAGAAAUUAAAAGUCUCCAGACUGAAGGCCAAGACAGGCCAGGGUGUGAAGGCUUUGCACAACGCGCUCAAGCUUGCUAGAGGUUUCGAGAGACAGAAACUUGGCCGUCGCCAAAAGACUGCCAGCGAUGCCCCCCAGACACUGCUGCGCCUACGGGAGGAAGUCAUUGUCCUCAAGCAACUGCAACUCGACAAAACAGCGAAGACCCGACUUUUCAAGAACCUGUUCAAAACAAAACGCAUCAGAGAGCACCCAAUCUUUAUCAAAGCCUACGGACUGGAACCUAUGUUGGACAAUGUCAAGCCUGGCGCCGAGGCCAAUGUGGUGGGGAGGUUGUUCAACUCAAACCCCGUCAAACAGGCACUGCCGGAGAUCAUGAAGUCGAUAUAUGCUGUGCUUGGUAUCCCGCAGGCCGUGCCACCAAAGCCCAUAGGAACAGAAAACCCGGCCAGCAAAGCAGCCAUUGGGAAAGCAGAACCAAAGUUGGAUAGUGAUUUCGAUGGCUUCUCAGGCAGUGACAUGGAGGACCACGCCGAUCUCAGGGAGAAACAGGAUUUAGGAUCGGAUGCAACGGAUGAAGAGGUGCUUGGAUAUGCAGGAGGUCGGCUGGCUUCUUCAAGCGAGGACUCUGAGGAAGACAGCAUUGCUAUCCCAUCACUGUCACCACAAAGAACAGGGCGUCAGAGUCACGACGGUGGAAGGUUCGCUGGAAGAGAAAGUCUUUCACUAUCGCCGACUCCAAGCGAGGUUUCUGAGCCUGGUGGUGCAAGGCAGCCUCCUGCGCCACAUCUGCGUCAAAAACCUAGCACGACCGCUUUUCUCCCAUCUCUCAGUAUGGGAGGCUAUUAUUCUGGGUCAGACUCUGAAGGAGAUGCAGAUCAGCACCGUGGGCCCGCAUUGCCAAAACCGCGCAAGAAUCGACGUGGCCAACGUGCACGCCAGCAAAUCGCCGAGCUCAAGUACGGAGAAAAGGCAAAACAUCUCGGGAAACAGAAGGCGCAAGAUGCGAGGAGUGCGGGAUGGGAUGCAAGAAGGGGGGCAGUAGGUCAACAUGAUCCCCAAAAGGACCGGUUCCGGAAGAGGAUGGACCCUCAAAAGCGAACGGAGGAUCGCUCGGCCACUAGAAGGGAUCGGACAUUGAAUCCCGACAAGAAAAAAUCCCGAGAUGACCAAGGGCCCAUUCACCCUUCUUGGGAAGCCGCGAAGAGAAGGAAAAUGCAGGAUCAGGCACAAGCCUCCUUUCAGGGCAAGAAAAUCACAUUUGACUGA